GCAGCGCUGCCUCUUCCCAGGCUAGACAGCUCCCUGGUGGCCGCCUCUCCUAGUCUGCAUCCUCCGUGGGCGUCGGUUCCUUGGCACGUGCCUUGCACAUGCUAGGUCUGGACCUGUGGAUUAUCAGAGUUGUGCCAGGGCGGGGGGGCCAGCAUGCCAUGCUGUGUGGACCACUGCUUCGGCUGACUCAAAUGGUGCUCUUUCCCGUGCUCUGCAUCACUGCUCUCUUUGUCCUGGAGAAAAAGGCAUCGCUGUAUCCAUGUUCCUCCCACACCCCCUGCUCUGUCAUACCCCAUUAGCAACCACUCCCUUCCUUUUAUGUGAUGCUUUUGCUGCUCACCAGCUCCCUGCCCCUCCCCCACCCCAUCUGCCCAGUAAUUUCCUUUUCUCCCUUCUGCAAAGCAGCUGCCAGCUCAGACUAACAUGAGUCUCAACAUGUGGACUCCCAGAAUCUUGAUGCCGAAGAAAUGCCAAUGAGGCCUCAGCCCUGCCCCUGCCUUGAAGCAAGACACUGGCUGAGCCAGCUCAUAUGAGCACAACUAGACAUCAAGACUGGGAUGGAAGAACCGGUGCCAGUGGAAGGCCAGGGCCAGCUCCCAAGUGCUCCCCAGGGCUCUCUGAGGAGGGCUGUGGCUGCUGCCCUGGCCCUGGAUGGGGAAUCCACCAUGGGUCGAAAGAAAAAGAAGAAAGAGUCCCGCCCAGAAUCUAUCAUCAUCUACCGGUCUGAUAAUGAGAACAUGGAGGAGGAGCCCGAGGAAUCAGAAGGUGGAGAUCAGCCUAAAGAGGAGGAGGGAGAGGAUUUCCUAGACUAUCCCAUGGAUGAUGGUAUGUGGAACAUGCCUGUGGACAGCCGCUAUGUCACAUUAACUGGGACCAUCACUCGAGGGAAGAAAAAAGGGCAGAUGGUGGACAUCCAUGUCACAUUGACAGAAAAGGAGCUGCAGGAACUAACCAAGCCCCAAGAGUCAUCAAAGGAAACAGCACCUGAAGGAAGAAAGGCCUGCCAGGCAGCUGUUGUGCUAUGUAUGGAUGUGAGCUUUGCCAUGAGUAACUCCUUUCCUGGUGAAGAAUCUCCAUUUGAACAAGCAAAGAAGGUGAUGACCAUGUUUGUCCAGCGACAGGUGUUUGCUGAGAGCAAAGAUGAGAUUGCUUUAGUCUUAUUUGGUACAGACAGCACUGACAAUGCCCUUGCUGUUGGGGACCAGUACCAGAACAUCACAGUGCACAGACACCUGAAGCUGCCAGAUUUUGAUUUGCUGGAGGACAUUGACAGCAGAAUCCAACUAGGUUCUCAACAAGCUGACUUCCUGGAUGCACUGAUCGUGUGCAUGGAUGUGAUUCAGCGUGAAACUGUGGGAAAGAAGUUUGAGAAGAGGCAUAUUGAAGUGUUCACUGACCUCAGCAGCCCAUUCAGCAAAGAUCAGCUGGAUAUUAUAAUUCAUAAUGUAAAGAAAAAUAGCAUCUCCCUACAAUUCUUUUUGCCUUUCCCUAUUGGCAAGAAAGAUGGAACUGGAGACAGAGGAGAUGGCAACUUGCACUUGAGUGACCAUGGGCCCUCUUUUCUUCAAAAAGGAGUCACUGAGCAGCAAAAAGAAGGUAUACAGAUAGUGAAAAAGAUGAUGCUGUCUUUAGAGGGAGUCAAUGGGCUGGAUGAAAUUUAUUCCUUCAGUGAGAGUCUGAGACAACUGUGCAUUUUCAAGAAAAUUGAAAGGCAUUCCAUGCCCUGGCCCUGCCAACUGACCAUUGGCUCCAACCUAUCUAUAAAGAUUGUGGCCUAUAAAUCGAUUCUGCAGGAGAAAGUUAAAAAGACUUGGAUAGUUGUGGAUGCACGAACCCUGAAGAAAGAAGAUAUACAAAAAGAAACAGUUUAUUGCUUAAAUGAUGAUGAUGAAACUGAAGUGUCCAAAGAAGACACUAUUCAAGGGUUCCGCUAUGGAAGUGACAUAAUUCCUUUCUCUAAAGUGGAUGAGGAACAAAUGAAAUAUAAAUCGGAGGGGAAGUGCUUUUCUGUUUUGGGAUUUUGUAGAUCUUCUCAGGUCCAGAGAAAAUUCUAUAUGGGAAAUCAAGUUUUAAAGGUCUUUCCAGCACAUGAUGAUGAGGCAGCAACAGUCGCACUUUCCUCCCUGAUUCAUGCUUUGGAUGAAUUAGACAUGGUGGCCAUAGUUCGAUAUGCUUAUGACAGAAGAGCUAAUCCUCAAGUUGGUGUGGCUUUUCCUUUUAUCAAGGAUGCCUAUGAGUGUUUAGUGUAUGUGCAACUGCCUUUCAUGGAAGACUUGCGGCAAUACAUGUUUUCAUCCCUGAAAAAUAAUAAGAAAUACACUCCCACAGAGGCACAGUUGAAUGCUGUUGAUGCUUUCAUUGAAUCUAUGAGUUUAAUAAAGAAAGAUGAAGAGGAAGACACCAUCAAAGACUUGUUUCCAACUACCAAAAUCCCAAAUCCUGAAUUUCAGAGAUUAUUUCAGUGUCUGCUGCACAGAGCUUUACACCCCCAGGAGCCUCUGCCCCCAAUCCAGCAGCAUAUUUUGAAUAUGCUGGAUCCCCCAACAGAGGUGACAGCAAAAUCUCAGAUUCCUCUCUCCAAAAUAAAGACCCUUUUCCCUCUGACCGAAGCCAUCAAGAGAAAAGAUCAAGUAACUGCUCAGGACAUUUUCCAAGACAACCAUGAAGAGGGACCUACUGUUAAAAAACACAAAACUGAGGAGGGAGAAGCCCACUUCAGUGUCUCUAGCCUGGCUGAAGGAAGUGUCACCAAGGUUGGAAGUGUGAAUCCUGCUGAAAACUUCCGUGCACUAGUGAGACAGAAGAAUGCCAGCUUUGAGGAAGCAAGUCACCAGCUAAUAAACCACAUUGAGCAGUUUUUGGAUACGAAUGAAACACCCUAUUUUAUGAAGAGCUUGGACUGCAUCAAAGCCUUCCGAGACGAAGCCAUUAAGUUUUCAGAAGAACAGUGCUUUAACAGUUUCCUGAAAUCCCUUCGAGAGAAAGUAGAAGUUAAGCAGUUAAAUCAUUUCUGGGAAAUUGUUGUUCAAGAUGGAAUUACUCUGAUCACCAAUGAUGAAGCCUCUGGAAGCUCUGUCACAGCUGAGGAAGCCAAAAAGAACCAAAGUACCCAGUACCAUCUCUCUGAUCCUUGCAGUGACCUGCUAAGAAUUGACAGGAGCAGAAUACCAUCCCUUUUACCACUAGGAAGCCAAGCCCCAGAAAGAUUAGUUUCUGGCUCCCAAAGAAAAACCAGAUGAAGACUCAGCAGCUGUAUUGGAAGAAGGUGGUGAUGUGGACGAUUUACUGGACAUGAUGUAGGUCACGGACAUGUGUCGAAUCAGAGUUGCUAUAUCCUUGGCACUGAGAGCUCCGAUAGAACAACCUGGAGGAGGCUGCCCCGGGAACCAGAAGCUUUGGAGAUCAUCCCAGAAGUGAAUCACCCUGAGUCUCUGGGAAGGGAAUGCACAUAUGUUUAGACCCUGUACAAGUUUAUAAAGUUAUUGUUAUUUUCUGA